AUGGCGUCAGAAAAGGUCUCUGAGACUAUGCCGGUUCCGCCAAGCGAGAACACGAACUUGGAGGUGACCAAGUCCGCUCUCAUGACCAUCGACGAUCAUGAAAAGGGAGGCUCAAUUUGCGAAGAGCCUUCCAACGAAAUCUAUGUUGAUCCUCUUCUCGAAAAGCGUGUCCUUCGGCGUCUUGAUUAUCGGUUUGCCCCUUUAUUCUGCGCACUCUACUUCAUGGCCUACCUCGACCGAAGCAACAUCGGUAACGCAUACAUCGCUGGCAUGCGCGACGAGCUCGGUCUCUCUGGCGCCCAGUUCAGCACUGCCGUCAGUGUCUUCUUCGCUACCUAUGUUGCAUUUAUGGUCCCUUUUGUUCUGGCUCUGAAGAAGCUGAAGACACACCGCGCCAUUGCUGUUAUGGCUUUCGCCUGGUCCAUCGUCACCAUCGGCACGGCCUUCAUCAAGAGCUACAGCGGGCUCCUCGCGUGCCGCAUCCUGCUGGGCGUCUGCGAGUCAGGUUUCUUCCCUUGCAUCAGUUUGUACAUCACCAUGGUGUAUAAUCGUCAUGAGCAAGGUUUGCGAUUUUCCUAUUUGUUCGCUGCAACGGCCUUCUCAGGCAUGUUUGGCGGGCUUGUAGCCACGGGAAUUACCAAGAUCGGGAAUACCGGGGGCCUUCAGUCGUGGAGCUGGCUGUACAUCAUUGAGGGCCUCAUCUCCCUCACUGUUGUUCCAUGGGCGUGGUUCGGACUUCCCGAGUAUCCAGCCAAGGCCAGGUGGUGGACACCGGAGCAGCGUGAUACCAUGGAAAGACGCGAGCUGAAGCGUCAGGAGUACAUGGGCACCGAGACGUUUGAGUGGUCGCAGGUCUUCUCCGCUCUCCAGGACUGGCGUCUCUACACAGGGGCUCUCAUCCAGUUCUUCCAGGACGUCAUUCUAUAUGGCUUUAGCAGCUUCCUUCCUUCUAUCCUCCGCGAUGGACUUGGCUUCUCGAGGCUCGAGGCUCAAUAUCUCAGUGUCCCAGUGUACCUCCUCGGCGGCAUCUCCUUCUUCGUGGCAGCCAUGCUCGGCGACAGAUACGGACUUCGCGGCAGCAUCCUGCUGUUUCUCGACAUCUUUGCUGUUGCCGGCUAUGCCAUCCUUCUGUCCGUGUCGAACUCUAGCGUCCGCUACUUUGCCUGCUUUCUCAUUGCCUUGCCCCUCUACUGCGGUCCGGGUCUCAACGAGAUGUGGAUCGUCAACAACACGACGCCUCACUACCGCCGUGCCACUGCGCUGGGCAUUUCCCAGGCUGUAGGCAACGUUGCCGGUGUUGUGGCCGGGCAGGUCUACCGCAAGGGCGCCGUACAUGCUGGGCCACUGGUCGAGUCUGGCGUCUGCAGUGAUCUGCAUGGUCCUCAUCUCAGUGCAGAUUGUACACUUCAAGAUGGAAAACAACAAGAAGGACCAGAUCUCCAGGGGGGAGCGUGCAGAUGA